AUGCCCCCAAGGACCCACAAUCAGCAUGUCCCUCAUAUCCCCGCUGAGACGAGGCUGAAGAGAAUGUGUAGCGUGUACCUCUCUGUUGGGUGUAAAGUGGAUAAACACGCAAACAUUGGGCCUGGGAUGGAGAGGGGUUGGGGAGAGAAGAACCACAGUGAGGUUCAGCGCUGUGUUCUGGGCUCCAUGUGCCUGUACGGCGGGGAAUCCAGUGCACAGCCUGACCUCCUCCCACUCGGAAGUGAUUCUACCCAUCAAAAGGUACGUGAGCCUUCCACCUUCACCUCAGAGUGGCCCAGCCAGCAGCAAAUGCAGCGCGUGAGCCUGGCCCAGGCGGAAUGGGUGCUACCAGGGGAACUGCCCACCCCAGAAUGGGCCCCAGCAUCUGGCAGUUGGCAUCUUCAUGACAACCACAGGGAGAGCUCACCAGAGGAUGGAUCCUGCCCGUCCAAUUGUUCCGAAAAUUGCAGCUACGGGGCUCUCAUGGUCCAGAAAAUGAGGAAGGAGCCGCAAGGAUGGAUUCGUUCAGUCCGAUCCCAGAAGGAAGUCUUGUUCCUGCAUGUAAAUGAUGGGUCAUCUUUGGAAAGCCUUCAGGUUGUAGCAGAUUCAAGCUUUGUCAGUAGAGAACUGGCGUUUGGGAGUUCUGUGGAAGUUCAAGGGCAGCUGGUAAAAAGUUUGUCCAAAAGGCAAAAUGUGGAACUGAAGGCAGAAAAAAUUGAAGUUGUUGGAAAUUGUGAUGCCAAGGCUUUCCCUUUUAAAUAUAAAGAGAGGCAUCCUCUGGAGUAUCUGAGACAAUAUCCUCACCUUAGGUGUAGGACUAAUGUUCUGGGUUCUAUACUGAGGGUUCGCAGUGAAGCCACAGCUGCUAUCCAUUCUUUCUUUAAGGACCGUGGCUUUGUGCAUAUUCAUACUCCAGUAAUCACAUCCAAUGACUGUGAGGGGGCUGGAGAACUUUUUCAAGUUAAACCUUCAAGCAAAAUAAAGGUAUCUGAGGAGAAUUUCUUCAAUGUUCCUGUUUUCUUAACUGUCUCAGGACAACUUCAUCUAGAAGUGAUGUCAGGAGCUUUUACUCAAGUGUUUACCUUUGGUCCAACAUUCCGAGCAGAGAAUUCUCAGAGCCGGAGACACCUGGCAGAGUUUUAUAUGGUAGAAGCAGAGAUUUCUUUUCUUGAGAGCCUUCAAGAUCUCAUGCAGGUUAUGGAGGGCCUCUUCAAGACUACAACAAUGACAGUUCUCUCAAAUUGUCCUGAAGAUGUUGAACUCUGUCACAAAUUCAUAGCUCCUGGCCAAAAGGACAGAUUAGAACAACUUUCUAAUUGGGGUGCUGAUCUACACACUGAACAUGAAAAGUACCUGGUGAGGCACUGUGGCGACGUACCAGUCUUUGUCAUUAAUUAUCCAUUAGCACUCAAGCCCUUCUACAUGAGGGAUAAUGAAGACAGCCCUCAGCACACAGUUGCUGCUGUUGAUCUUCUAGUUCCUGGAGUUGGAGAACUCUUUGGGGGAAGCCUCAGAGAAGAACGGUACCAUUUCUUAGAGCAGCGAUUGGCCAGGUCAGGACUGACAGAAGCCUACCAAUGGUAUCUGGACCUCCGUCGAUUUGGAUCUGUGCCACAUGGAGGUUUUGGGAUGGGAUUUGAACGCUAUCUGCAGUGCAUCUUGGGAAUUGACAAUAUCAAAGAUGUUAUCCCUCUUCCAAGAUUUACUCAUUCGUGUCUUUUGUAG